UAGUAAACGAUCGCGAUCGAACGAAUCAAUUUCACUUGCUUAUAAUAGAAAUAAAUUGUGAAUGUGUAAUUGGAUACACAGCUGUUAUUAUAGUAUUUGGCCUUUAUAAAAAUACAAACUGGACAGUUUAAGACAUACUUGUUGAUAUAGUGUGAUUGUGCGAUGGGAUCUAAAGUGAUAUUGUUAUGUAUCGCCCUCUCAGCUGUACAAGCAGUGCACGCUCAGAUAUGGGAGUUUGGAGUUGACAACUUACCAACAGCCAUUGUAGUCUCUGUAUUUAAGGGCAGUUUUACGUUAUUCCAAAAAGAACAAAAAAUACAAUUAAUAGUACCACCAUGCCAUAUUUUAACAUACGUCAACGUGGAAGUGAAUAACUUCUUCUCUACUCCAGAAGUGCACUACAACACACAGACUCACGUCGUGACGAUCACUUACUCCUUACUGCAACUAAGUCCAUCAAGGUUCACGAUUAUUGCGAAGGGAGUGGUGCAGAACGGUUGCAAUGUGCAACGGCAACAGCAACUCCCACCUGCUCAGCAAGCUCCUCCACAGGGCAGACAAGGGCCAAGACCUAUCCAACAUGGCUCAUACCGACAAUAUUGAGUACCAGUCAUAUCUUUAACACCAGUUUCCAUUACUCUCUAUCUGUAGAUCAGCUUACUGGAGA